GAAGUCUGUGCGCACAGCAGAAAGACAGGACCCGCCCCCUCUCCCUGUCAUUCGACCCGCAGCCCCGCUCAGCAUCGGUUGGACUCCUGUUAGUUAAAGCUGCACCAUGUCGGACGAGGGUAAAUUGUUCAUCGGUGGCCUAAGCUUCGAGACAAACGAGGAGUCUCUGGCCGCGGCCUUCGGCAAAUAUGGAACCAUCGAAAAAGUGGAUGUGAUCAGAGACAAAGAAACGGGGAAAUCUCGCGGUUUUGGCUUCGUGAAAUUCGACAACGCAGAAGAUGCCAAAGACGCACAGGACGGCAUGAACGGCAAGACUCUAGAUGGACGGUCAAUUCGUGUAGAUGAAGCAGGAAAGGGUGGACGCUCCAGGGGAGGUUUUGGAUCCGGUGGCCCAAGAGGACAGCGAGGAGGAGGAUUUGGCGGGCGUGGGCGAGGUGGACGAGGUUACUCGAGAGGUGGUGGUGGAGGAUAUAAUGGAGACCGGAGCUACGGUGACAGGAGUUACAGCGACAGAAGCUUCCAUUCUGAAGGGAGGUUUUCUGGCAACCAGUACAGGAAUAGCGGCGGCGGAGGAGGAGGCGGCGGCAGCGGUGGAUACUCAAGCUACAGAGACAAUAGGGGUCAGGGUGGAUACGGCGACCGCGGUACAUCCUACCGUGAUGGAUACGACAGCUAUGCUGCAAACGAGUAAACAUCUCCCUGAUUCAAGAUCAUCACUUGGCUGGCUGUAUUUCAAAGAUGCGCUCCUCAAGAAAAAUGUCCACGUGUUAUUGCUGACCUUAGUUUUGUAGUUCUGUUGUCGUAGCUCAAGCAUCUUAAAAAAAAAAAUGUAGCCAUGAGUUUUGGUCAUUCCUUAACAAACCAUGUUACAAAUUACAGUUCCAGACUCUUACCUUGCUUGAUUGGGCACCUUUAUUCCUCAAAGGUCGUUUGUUAAACUAAAAGGCAUCAGUGUAAUCUGAUUAGUACUCUAAGUCCCAAUUUGAGGACCGAACUGCUCUCCACAUGGCCACUACCAUCGCUGUAGACUUUAUCCAGCACGUAAAGUGUUUCCUGAUUUUGACUCCUUUUUAGUAUUUUUUUUUUUUUUUUUUUUUUUUUAUAUAUAAUAUAUAUAUAUAUAUAUAUAUAUAUAUAUAUAUAUAUAUAUUUAAAUAUCCAAUGGGCUUGUUGUUUUUCCUUUUAAUUAUUUCCCCGCUCAGUCUCUGGCUGACCUACCUCUUGCCAGGUUUUAAAGUGAGGACAGAAAUCCGAAUUACUCGUAAACUAACUUUUGGAGGAUUUUAUGCUAACUUCCUUUUACUAAAAAAACAACAACAAAAAACCUUAGUCUAGCUGAGGCUCCUGUGUUUAAAAAAGUGAAUUCCUUUCAGACUGGUGAACUACACAACCGAAGUGUCCGGCUGUCAUGAAGUUGCAAAUUGCAGCAUGCUACAGUCUGUCCAAGGUAUCUUUUGUGCUCUGCUCAACAUCUGCAUUUUAAAUGUGCUGUAAAAUGGACUAAUCUUGUUUAAGUGAUCGAAAAAAUGUAACUUCGUUUCCCAAAAGUAAUAUCUCAACCGGGAACAGUUUUGUACUUUAUGUUCUUUGUAUGAUCAACAUUUUUUUUUUCUUUGUCAGUUUGGCUUCAUGGAGCCUAUUAAACAGACUGUGGAAAAUAAUCUUGAUUCUUUUGCCUUUCAAAACUACCGCAUGGGGUAAUUUAGUUGACAGCUGUAGGCCCAUGUUACUGUAACUCUGCGUGAGAAUUCAAUUUUUUUUUACCCGCGGCCCUGAAAUUAGUUCUUUGGAGAGCAAUUUGAAAAUUGUCAGUUGUCUAAAUUAUUAAGGCGGGUUACGCUCCAAUUAG